AUGUCUCUAAAAGCAGUGUGUGUUAUGAUUGGUGAGGUGGUAAACGGAUUAAUCCGCUUUUAUCAAGAGAAAGAAGAUGCGCCCGUUGAAAUAACUGGUGAAAUUAAAGGCUUAGACAAGGGAAAACAUGGCUUUCAUGUUCACGAGUUUGGCGAUAUUUCCGAUGGAUGCACAAGUGCUGGACCACAUUACAAUCCUUUAGCCAAGGACCAUGGAGGACCAGAUGAUGCAGACCGACACAUUGGUGACCUUGGAAAUGUUACAGCAGAUGAAGAUGGUGUAGCUAAAGUGUGCAUAUCUGACAAGCUAAUCUCUCUGACAGGGAAACACAGCAUUAUUGGAAGAACUUUAGUGGUCCAUGCAGAUCCUGAUGACCUUGGGAAAGGUGGUCAUCCUCUAAGCAGAACUACAGGCAAUUCUGGAGCCCGAGUGGCAUGUGGAAUUAUUGGCUUAGCCAAAUAAAUGUAAUGUUUAUUUUACUGAAAUAAUGCUGUCUUGUUAAAUAAGUGUAAUGUUACAGUUCCUCAAAUA